AAAUUAUCUUUAAAUUACUUUGAAACCAAAAGAAAUAACACAAAAAUCACUUCAAUUAUGUCCGGAUCAACCAACGAAAACUCUGCCAAGAUCAUCCUCAAGGCCAAUGACCAAGAAUUCUUUGUAAUCGCCUCCCCUCACAUGGCCGCAAAGUGGAGAAAUGAUAAGACGAUUCCUUUGAUUGACGUUGUCCAGAACUUUGAUGUAUUUACGACCCCAAGUGGAAGCAUUACUGGUGAAUUCAUCCGUCCCUCCAAGGGUACUCUGGAAAGCGCUUUUGGAACCGAUAGCGUAGAUACCAUUGUCAAGAAGAUUGUAUCUGAAGGCACAGAGCAACCCAUGUAGUAUAAAUCAAAGUAAUAAUACGUACAUAUAUGACACAAAAUAGUUAAUACAGUUUUGAUAACUGCUUUUGUAUCCUGUAAAUUUGUAAAGAAAAUAAACAUACAAGCUUUCUAUAUUAUAUUAUAU